CAUAAUCAGCGAUGAAAAUGUGAUUGUGCUCUUAUCAGUCAUACGAGUUUUUAGCCGACUGCCCUCUCCUCCGAAUAUUUCUUUUAAAACUGUCGUCGCAUUUUUUUUAUGUAACCGAAUAUGCCAUCAGAUAUUCUUGAUCUAGAAACAUUACACACACCAGAAGUCAAAGAAAAUGCAAUUGAAACAAGCAGAAAAAGUCGAAAAAUGUUUUCAUUCAUCUUCAUCCUUACAACAUUUCUUUUGCUCUUCUCUGCCACAACAUUUCUCAUUCUUGGAUUCACGAACUACAAAAGCUGUUCCGUGGAACCGCGCAUUCACAUUUGGAUGAUUUUUGUUGGCGUUUUGCUGAUUUCUGAAAGAAUUAUAGCAAUAAGAUCUCAGUUAGCUCGAAUCAAUUUCAGAAGAAAACGUUUUGAAUAUAUGAAUCAAGAACAGUGGCUUGCAUGGAAAACAGAAAAAAGAAGACUAAAUUCAAGACCUCUUUCACAAGGUUUUCUUUGGCUUAUGCUGGUACUAUUGUGGGUUUUUAGAUGUUUUGAAAUUUGAAGGCGUAUCAACUAUCUUGUUUUCCAAACAGUCUUGAAUAACAACAGGUAUAAUCUCAUACACUUUAGCACGUGGUUUCGACGUCAUUUUAUUGUGAAGAACAGGUUUUCUUUGUUUCCCUCUAUAAUCCGCAACUGACUAUUGUAUUGUGAAUGGGUUGAGUUAAAUUUUGAAAAAUAUGAUAACUAGUGUGUACUUAUCUACAAAACAUUUAUCCAAACAAACAAAGAGGGUGGAAUAAAUUAUCAAAAUGCACAGAAUAGUGGACUAACAAAAUUAGAGUGAAUUUAGGCCUCAAAACAAAUUGGAAAAAAACUGUGAUUUUUGCCUACUUCUUUUUUGAUUAUUUUGAGGUAGUUCAAAGUUUUUUGUCCAAUUUGUGUUUGGAUACACUCUCUAUCUUUCUAUGGUGUGGUUUUCGCUCUUAUAAUUUUUUGUUUUGUGACAUUGAACGAGGUUCCAUCAUAUUUAAAACACAUCUUUCUAAAAAAUUAAAACAUAUAAAUUCUUAACUCGUAAAAAUGCCUAGCUUCAUUCAAAUAAAAACUUUUCCACGUUACAUAACUGCAAAUUUUUCAGAUCAAUAAUUGGUUUCGUAUGGCUAUUUGGUAUUCCAGUUAGUGAUGUGUGUGACGAUCUCAUUUUCUAUCCGUCAAUAGCAUUUUGUAUUUGUGUAUUAUUCUCAAGCUUUUUAGCUAUGAUCUUGUGUUUUUGUACAUGUUGUUGUUGCAAUACCAUAGAAAAAACAAAGCGUAGUAAUAAACUUGAAUCUUAAAAAU